AUGCAGCCCAAUGUGGCUCGAUCUCCGGUCAAACGCAAUGCACUCCGCAAGAGCGACUCGACCGAGAAAGAUGCCAACGAAGCUCUUGAAGCGGAAGAUGGCAGAGGUUUACUGCUUCGCAACUGGGCUGAUGUUGCGCGAGGAUCGGAACGGACUCGUUGUCCACAGGCGCGUGGCCGUUUCACACCUCAAGUUGCAGAAGUCCAGCAUUCUAGUGUCCGUUACCCCACGAAUCAUCUCCUUGCUAUCCCUCAGGAAGUCCGUGACGCGAUUCUGGAACUUCUGCAUCCAGAAGAAGAAGUUGCCGGCACUCGACCCGUGGCUGGGUACGAGAAUUACCAGCUUGCUUGCAGACAAACAUUUCAUGAGACUUCGAGACGCUGGAACUACCAGCCCACGGUCCUGGUGCCAUUCAAUCGGGCCCUGGAAUUCAUCACACGAACACUCAAUGCCGCAGUACUUCACAGCAAUGCUUACCACAACGUCAAGAGUCUGUUCCUUGAGAUACGUCACGAUGCAUCGAGCAGGGUUUUCUCUCAGAUUGCCCAAGUUCUGAGACUGUCGACUCAACUUGAAGAACUCCAUCUCUUCGGCGUCGGGCCAGACGGAUACGGGGUCAGCACCAGCUCGGUUGCCCAUAGCUGUGGAAAGCACGACAUGUCGAUCGUGCCCUUGAAGUCCAAACUGCACAUCGACGGACAGCAUUAUCGGCGACGCCUUACACUGGUCAAUGGUAUUCCUUGGCUGCAACACCUCAAAGUCCUCGUUCUGGACAACCUCAACAUGCCUUUGCUCCAAGCCCAUGUGCUCAUGAACAAACCUCGGCUUCAGAAACUCUACGUCUCCGCGGAUCCUCGAAGUGCACUGCAUGUGGAGUACAAAGGUUGUCCAUCCCUGGGGCUGGGAAAUCUGGUUUGGCCAGUCAAUGGCAAUAUGCCUCCGGUCAAAGAACUCCGUGUUGAUGCAAACGCAAUCCUCACCGCCAGCCAAAUCGCUUUGAAAGUCGCCGAAACACUGGAGAGCUUGGAGUGGACCAUCCCAGAUGCGGCGUUCCAACUCCAUGGCGGACAAAUCAGCUUCUACAAUGAGGCAACACAAGUGCUGUCCCGAAUGCCUAACGAAGCUACGCGACUGAGGGAGCUACGGGUUUGCGUGCAUGGCCCUGUUUCCGAAGACAAUUACCAGUCUGGGAAUCUCAUGGGAUCCUUCAAAGACUGUGUUUCCCGCAUGCGGUCUCUUGAGCUGGUCGAACUCCAUAUUCACUCGAAGUCACCGUGGUUCGCAAACGAGUUCGUCGAGGCGCUUUCUCCAUCCGUCACUCGGCUUUAUCUAACCGAUAUCUGUGUGGAUAGAAAUAUCCGAGAGCUGUGUGAUUCCGUCAGCACAAAGACGGGCAUAGACGCACACCACCUCGAGGAAGUCCACAAGGCGGUUGCAAUUGGAGAAGAUCUCACUAGGCAGGACUACAUAUCAUUCAGUGGGAGCAGACUGGGGUUUGUGGGGUACGAAUACGACCUGAAUCUCGACGUGAAGGCAGCUGCAAAGCAAGGCGAAGACAUGACGAUGUUCCUCAAGCUCAACGGAAGACUCUUGGACAGAGAGCGAAAUCACCACCUCGCUAGUUUCGAAGGCAUGUUUAUCCCGCCCGAAGAAGUACCAGAGGAAGAAUGCCUGGAGUGUAUCGACCUCCAAUCGGCCACUACACAUGAGCAAGUCGAGAAGAACCGCAAAGAGCUCGCUGACUGCAUUCUCGACGAUCACCAUGAGUACUUCGGCAGUGAAGAUGUCGCAGAGGUCGUCUUCCGUCACGAACCAGUUGCGAAGGGCGGCCACUACAGCUACCCAGUGACCUCGGAGGUUGAAAAUGUGUUCAAGCGCUCCACCCACUGGCUGAGCAAGUGA